GAAGCGAUGCGGGCCAGAUGCAUCACUCGGCUAACUAGCUCUCUGGAUACUUCGACAAUGGGUUAAAAAUCCAACUAUUUGUUGAAGAUUUAAUGCAUGAGCUUCGACAAUAGAAUGUGAAAAAAUUUAGCCCAAGGACGAUUUUUGUCGAGCGAAGAAGAAACAGAAGGAUCUUAAAAGCAGAGGAGAGUUUGAAGUGGAUCUGAAGUGAGCAAGCAUGCUACGAAGGCUGUUGCUGGGACAACCUCGACGCGAAGAGAAGGAAGCGAAGAGGGAAGAGUUGUGCGAGAAAGAUGAGCGCACUCCCAUUGUAUUGGAAGAGAAAUCAAAGGAAAUAGAUAAUAUAUCAGACAGUGAUUUGGAGACAGAUGAGAGCGAAACAGAAGACAGUGAUACGGAGACUCUCGACAAUUCGAGCAGAUCUGGCAGUUUUGAGAAUUGCUCAGGAGACCUUUUGCAGUGGAAAGGGUUUGAAAUGGUGUGGGAUGCAAGCCUACGCGAAAGUACAGAAGGUGGCACCCGGGUUCACAAAGCCGGGAAAGCGAGGAAUACCAAAGAUAAAAUCGACCCAAGAAAAGGCGAGGCAGGCUACGCCAGCGCAGGCGAAUGUAGCAAUGUGAAAAGGAUCGACGAAAAUCCAUUUGCUAUUGAAAUCCUAGAGAGUGACCUAUCAAAUAUCCAAGAGACAGUCAGCCAUCAAAGCAACACCCAACAAGACAUCAAUGACACUUUAAACAACGCUAACAGUAGCAUUAGCACAGCCAACAACAAUGAUAACAACGGCCUUGACAAUACCAUCAGCAACAAUGGCAACAUCACUAACAAAGAAGACAGCAAUAAUAACAACAAUGAAACUCGAAAUACGCCAGUAAACCCAGUAAACAACAGUACAAAAAAGACAAAUUUAACUUCAACAACAAAUGCAGUUAGGAAAACAACAAACAAUACUAUGAAUGCCAACAAUAACAUUUCUAAACAAAAACAAACAAUUAAAAAACAAACUGCUCUGGAUUACAACAAAUCAAAACCGCCAUUACGAUCCUCAAAACCAUCAACAAAGAAUCACAUCAACUCUGGUACAAAAUCCAACGCCAUUUCCCGCCAUUAUUCAAGCAAUCCCAACCAAAAAUCGCCAAACAUCAGGGGGAAAACCGCAGUUAAGGUUACAACAAGUGAAAAGUCCCGUGCUUCAACGAAUAUUCCUGGAGGUCCCAAAACUCGACAACUUCAAAAUUCAACGAGAUGUAAAGGAACUUUGGUUGAUAAACAACGCAUGAGCACUGGAAAAAACACAACGGGAUCAAUUGGAGCUAAAAGUGGUGGAAACUCAAGACAAUCUAAGCCUAAUCUUUCCAACGUUUCCGUGAAAGAUUUGGAACAAAUUCUCGGAGUGAAUGUGACAGAAUUGCGAGAGGUUAUCAAGAAAUUUAAGUCCGAGGAGAAUGAAGACUCAUGUGGACAGUGUGAAACAGCUCAGGGAAAUUUGGGAUCGCCAGGGAUGGCUGAAGAUUGUAUGAUUGGGUCAGAAAAGAGGCAAGAUCCAUGCAAAGAUGAUCAGAUGAAGACUGGUAAAUGUGAAACAAUGGAUCAUAAAGAUGAGAUCUCCAGUGACAGUGGAGUCAGCGAGCCAGACGCCAACAGUACAGACGGUCAGCCACGAUACAUCACACUAAAGACUAUUGUUAAGCGCAAGGAGUACCUCGAGGCUCAUCUUAAGAAGCUGGAGGAUCGCGUGGUGGUAAUGGAGGAUCACAAAAAGGACAUUCAGUUUGUUCACGAUCUGUUUGACCUUCAUAGUGAUGGACUGGAAAAAGUCGAGAGAAGCACUGGAGGAGUUGCAUGUGUAACCAACUUAAGAAAAAUUCUGGUAUGCCAACUGCGUGAGAUUGACGAGGAAGAGGUGAAAGCAAAAUUGAAACAUCUCGAAGAUCUCGGAAUUCCAAGCUUCUCUGAAAUCAACGCAAGGAUUGAGAAAUUCCGCAAUCGAAUUAAUCGCACCCUCGAAGAUGAGCGCAAAUGUCGAAGUAAGGGAGUGCAGAAGUUGAGAUUUGAAAUUGGUAAAAUUCAAGGAAUGUGUGAGGCGGUUUUGGAUUUGGUGUUUACAAAAUAAAUGAACAUGUCAAAAGGGUUUCAACAAGUUGAAUAUAUAGAUAGUAGUUAUAGUCAUAUAUUUUAUUCAUUUUUUCCUAUAGUUUCUUAUAUUUUUUC